AUGCCCAAAACAUUGUUCCCAUCUUCAUUCUUCACCAGUGAAAGCUAUGAUUUUUGGAGCACACAAAUGAAGACAAUCUUCAUCUCACAAGACUUGUGGGAUUUAAUUGAAGAAGGCUAUGAACAGCUAGAAGAUCUGUCAACUUUGACAAUAGCAAAGCUAAAGGAGUACAAGCAAAGGGAUGCAAGGGCUCUACUCUUCAUCCAGCAAAGGACUGACUACAAUGCUAGAAUCUCACCUAAGGAUGGUACUUUACUUGGAUGGGUUCUUCUUCAAAAUUUAAGGGAAAAUUUGUUACAAGCUGGAAAUAAUGGUAUUGAUGUUUUAAAUGGCAUAGCCUGGAACAGUGCUACAAAGCGCAUCUUUGUGACAGGAAAACAUUGGCCAAAGCUUUAUGAGAUCAAGCUGCAUCAAGUAAACAAAACAGUUAAAAGUGGAAUUAUUGAGCAGCUUUGCUUGCGGGAGCUAGCCGUUUUUACAAAGCCAUAGACAAAAAAAA